GUGGAAUUUCCUGCCCGGCCCGGCGCCCCUCCUGCCGCCCCCCGCCCGGCCGCGCACUCCGCUUCCGGCCGCUCUCGCUGCGGCCGCACCCGCGCCCGCCCCGCGCCUGCCCCGCGCCGCAUGGAGGGCGCAGGGCCCCGGGGGGCCGGGCCGGCGCGGCGCCGGGGAGCCGGGGGGCUGCCGUCGCCGCUGCUGCCACCGCUGCUGCUGCUGCUGCUCUGGCUGCUGCCCGGCCCCGCGGCGUCCCAGGAGCUGAACCCGCGCGGCCGCAACGUGUGCCGUGCUCCCGGCUCUCAGGAGCCCACGUGCUGCACCGGCUGGAAGCAGCAGGGGGACGAGUGUGGGGUCGCGGUGUGCGAAGGCAACUCCACGUGUUCGGAGAAUGAGGUGUGCGUGCGGCCUGGCGAGUGCCGCUGCCGCCAUGGCUACUUCGGUGCCAACUGCGACACCAAGUGCCCGCGCCAGUUCUGGGGCCCCGACUGCAAGGAGCUGUGUAUCUGCCACCCGCAUGGGCAGUGCGAGGAUGUGACAGGCCAGUGUACGUGUCACGCGCGGCGCUGGGGCGCACGCUGCGAGCAUGCGUGCCAGUGCCAACACGGCGUGUGCCACCCGCGGAGCGGCGCGUGUCGCUGCGAGCCUGGCUGGUGGGGCGCUCAGUGCGCCAGCGCGUGCUACUGCAGCGCCACGUCGCGCUGCGACCCACAGACGGGCGCGUGCCUGUGCCACGCAGGCUGGUGGGGCCGCAGCUGCAACAAUCAGUGCGCCUGCAACACAUCGCCGUGCGAGCAACAGAGCGGCCGCUGCCAGUGCCGCGAGCGUACAUUCGGCGCGCGCUGCGAGCGCUACUGCCAAUGCUUUCGCGGCCGCUGCCACCCUGUGGACGGCACGUGCGCCUGCGAGCCUGGCUACCGUGGCAAGUACUGCCGGGAGCCGUGCCCUGCCGGCUUCUACGGCCUGGGCUGCCGCCGCCGAUGCGGCCAGUGCAAGGGCCAGCAGCCUUGCACGGUGGCCGAGGGCCGCUGCCUGACAUGCGAGCCAGGCUGGAACGGCACCAAGUGUGACCAGCCAUGCGCCACCGGCUUCUACGGCGAGGGCUGCGGCCACCGCUGCCCGCCGUGCCGCGACGGGCAUGCCUGCAACCACGUCACCGGCAAGUGCACGCGCUGCAACGCGGGCUGGAUCGGCGACCGGUGCGAGACCAAGUGCAGCAAUGGCACUUACGGCGAGGACUGUGCAUUCGUGUGCGCCGAUUGCGGCAGCGGCCACUGCGACUUCCAGUCGGGGCGUUGCCUGUGCAGCCCCGGAGUCCAUGGGCCCCACUGUAACCUGACGUGUCCGCCUGGGCUCCAUGGCGUGGACUGCGCCCAGGCCUGCAGUUGCCACGAGGACUCGUGCGACCCGGUCACUGGUGCCUGCCGCCUGGAGACCAACCAGCGCAAGGGCGUGAUGGGCGCGGGCGCGUUGCUUGCCCUGCUCCUCGGCCUGCUGCUCUCGCUGCUCGGCUGCUGCUGCGCCUGCCGCGGCAAGGACCCGGCGCGCCGGCCCCGCCCCCGCAGGGAGCUCACGCUCGGGAGGAAAAAGGCGCCGCAGCGACUGUGCGGGCGCUUCAGCCGCAUCAGCAUGAAGCUGCCCCGGAUCCCGCUCCGCAGGCAGAAGCUGCCGAAGGUUGUAGGAGGGCUAGUGAGGGCACAGGCUGGAACAGGGCAGGGCCCCUGGCAGCUGUGCCUCCCUCCUUCCCCAGUGGCCCACCACGACCUGGAUAACACACUCAACUGCAGCUUCCUGGAGCCACCCUCAGGGCUGGAGCAGCCCUCUCCAUCAUGGUCCUCCCGGGCCUCCUUCUCUUCCUUUGACACCACUGAUGAAGGCCCUGUGUACUGUGUACCCCAUGAAGAGACCGCAACGGACAGCAGGGACGCGGAGCCCCCCACAGCCCCUUCGGAGGCACUGGCGUCAUCCCCCGCUCUGGUGACCACGCUGGCUUCCGCAGAGGAGGCGACGCCCCUCCCCCCGUCCUCUGACAGCGAGCGGUCGGCAUCGAGCGUGGAGGGGCCCGGCGGGGCGCUGUAUGCGCGCGUGGCCCGGCGCGAGGCCCGGCCGGCCCGGGCCCGGGGCGAGGCUGGAGGCCUGUCGCUUUCGCCAUCUCCCGAGCGCAGGAAGCCGCCUCCACCCGACCCUGCCACCAAGCCCAAGGUGUCCUGGAUCCACGGCAAGCACGGCGCCGCUGCCGGUGCGCCUUCUCCGCCACUCUCGGGACCCGAGGCUGCGCCCAGCCCCACCAAGAGGAAACGGACGCCCAGCGACACGUCGGCGCGGCCGGAUGAGCCCAGCAGCCCCCGGGCCCGUGACCCGACGCCUCGGCCCCCGGGGCUGGCGGAGGAGGGGCCUGCCCUCGCCUCCCCCUCGCCGCCUAGGGCUCGGGCGCGGGGCCGCGGCCCUGGCCUCUCAGAGCCCACGGACGCUGGCGGUCCCCCGCGCGGAGCGCCCGAGGUCGCCUCCAUGCUGGCCGCGGAGCUGCGCGACAAGACUCGCAGCCUGGGCCGCGCCGAAGGGGCUACGGUCGCGCAGGGUCCCCGAGAGAAGCCGGCGCCGCCGCAGAAGGCCAAGCGAUCGGUGCUGCCUGCCUCGCCUGCCCGCGCGUCCCCCGCGCCGGAGGCCCCGGGGCCCGAGAAGGCGGCAGCCGGCGCGCCCGCGCCAGACACCCCCAGGAAGAAGACCCCCAUCCAGAAGCCGCCGCGCAAGAAGAGCCGGGAAGCGGCGGGCGACCCGGGCAGGGCGGGCGCGCCCACCCUGUAGCAGGCGGCAGCCCGGCCGUGCCCGCAGAUUCCCCAGGCUUAGAAGCGCUGCUUGCCACCCCGCGUAAUGCGCCAGCCCCGCGCGCCCCGCGGCGGCCGGGGCACGGCGGCCUCCCGGGGCUUCGUACCGGAGCAGCCAGGCGGGAGGCUGGGUCUCAUUGGCUCAGGCUCCAGCGGCGGCUCCUGGAUUGGAGCACUGCUCUCGGGCGGGAAGGUCCCAUUCCAUUGGUCGAGGCCUGACAGGGGCUUAGCUGGCGAUUUCCUUCCCAUUGGCCGAGGGCUCCGACCAGUCAGGGUCUCAAAGGUCGAAGACAGGAGGGUUCGGCCUGGAGAUCACCUCUUACGGGCCCAGAGUGCACUCGGCCGGGGCUACCUUCUCAUUGGUCGAGGCCAGAAGCAUUUCUGUCUCGACUGCCUCAUUGGCCAAGGCCUGGCGCCUCUGGCUGGAGGGCUUUUUCCUUGAUCGUAGCCGAGGGCUACUUCCCUGGCCAGGCCUCAGGGCAUCUGUCUGGAGCCUGGGGAGGAGAGCUGGUCUCUGCUCCCCAAAGGGCUCAGCGUCCCCGGGGCCCGGCCUGGCCCCCCACUUCCCCUUCCUGCGCCCCCAGCCUCCCUAGCCCCGGCCCCUCAGCUGUCGAGCUGGUUUUGAUGGCCUCCCACCACCCCAUAUGCCGCGGGAAUCCGAAGGGCAACUCCAGUAGCCCGAGGAGAUGUAUUUAUAGGCCCCCGGCAGGGCUGCUCCCACCCCAUCCGGGUGCCCCAGGAUGGGCUCCUCCCGGCAGGGGCUUGGCCAAAGCUUUCUUAAUAAAGUGCCUUUUUUUUCUCCUGUG